AUGAUGAUGGAGUCCAGUAUCAACAGCGCAACAAUCUUACCACCCUACGAAGAAGAAUUCGAAACAGUUGAUAAUCUUCAUUGGUCUCCAGAAACAGCAAACAGCAUUUAUUUGUUUUGGAUACACCAGCUUCAAGCAUCGAAUUUGGUUUCAAACAAGCGUGCCAGAUGGAGGAAGCGAGUCCGUGACAACAAACCCGCUUUUCCACCAAUGAAUCCAAGCUACAUUCCACCAGUUGCGGCAAACAUUCCACAAUAUAAUAUGAUGUCUCCUUCAGCAUUGAUGUCCCAAGUAAUACCAUCGUCAGUUGCUUCCAGACCAGUUUAUAAUAUACCAUCUUCCAUCCCAGCACCAUCCAACAAUGCCACAUUUCAAAGAACGAUGUCUUUUCCAACAUACGUCAACUCGUACAUGUAUCCUCAGUUUAGAUGA